UGAUGUUGUUAUCAAAGUUGGAAAAUGGGUCGGCUCGCCGUCCUUUUUUGAACUACUCCUCCGUUCUUAUUACUUAUUUUCUCCAAACACGCUUCAAUAACCAAACAAACUCCUGUAUUAUUAUUUUCUUAGUUUUAAUUUCUUCCUUCUCCACCCGUUUUUCUUUGAAUGCUCGAAGCUGAGGUAGAGGAUGCAGAGAAUUUGGCAAUGGCGCAUUGGCCCAUUCCCGUCGAUCUGUUCGUAUCCAAAAAGCACCCUUCUCUCCCGCGUGGCCUCCUAGCAUUCGCUGAUUCUUCCGGCAACAUCCUUUUCCGCCUCAACUCUCCAUCUCAUCACCCCAAAAAGACGCUUCGACUCCUCGAUUCCGCCGGAGACCCUCUCAUCUCUAUCUACCGCCACCAUGAUGGGUCUUGGCAAGGUUUUAAGGGUGAUGAUGGGCAGAAGGAUUUGUUAUUCCAAGUGCAGAGGGUAUCCAAUAAAUUCGCUAGAACUGAGUUGGAGGUAUUUCUUGUUGCUGAAAACCACCAGGGAGAGUUAACUUAUGAUUUCAAGGUCAAAGGCUGUCAUUUCCAAAGAUCUUGUACCAUCUACAAAGGCGAUUCUAUUGUGGCUCAGACCAGUCUCAUGCACAAGCUUCGGCAGAUUUACGUUAGUAGAAGGAAAUUUCAACUAACCAUGUUUCCUAGCUUUGUUGAUCCUGCUUUGAUUGUUGCAGUCGUGGUGAUAUUCUUGGUUAAUGGUCCCAAAAAGUCCAAAAUUUUGGAUAAAUUACCAGUAUCGAUAUGAAUAUAAAAACCCAUAAACUGAAAGCAGAGGGUGGUUAGAUACCUAUUACAUUCACAGGCAUUGUAUUGUUAUAUUCUUUCGAGAUUGUGUAUUCUUUUCAAUUCAAUUAUUUAUGAAAUAAAAAGGCACAUACAUAACGUUAAAAUUCAGCCUGAGUGUGGUAACAAUUUAUUUCCUUUAGAUUCUCAAAAUGUUUUGAGUAUCUAAGCAAUGCAAUCAAUCCGUUUCUUAAUGAAAAAAUUUAUCAAUUGCAAAGAAAAAUAAACAAUAAUUUUCUUAAAGAUGAGAGCACUAGUCGACUACAUUAUCUGGGAAUAUAAAAUGACAUCUUCAACCAAAUAUCUCACCAGAUUUUUUUGAGAAAAGACACCAUGACCGAACAAGCUAGUCUAUCAAUGCAGGUCUUUAAAACUUGUAGAGGCCAUUUUAUGUUCUCUAUCUAUCUUAUUUUAC